AUGGCUCGAAUGGCAUACACAACUGCGUCUCCCCCAACGAUGACAGUCCCUUUCUCCGAUUCAGCACACCAAAAUCAACACUCGUUAGAAGAACAAUUGAAGGAAAAUGGCAUCAAUAGUUCUAAAUUAAACAAUAUACAAAAGUCUUCGACCGGCCCUAAAUAUUCACAAUCUUUGAAGACAGCGUUAGAAACGGCCGCCAAACGAGAUUCUUCGGAUGUAUCGGAGAGUGAUAGUUUGGAAGAUUAUGACACUUUGAAACCAGAUCCGACGUCAAUUAUAACAGGGGGCAAGGGGGGAGGAGGCCUUGAUCCAAAGACUGAAUCGGCGGUUAGUCCGCAGACAGUGUAUGCAGAAUUGAAGAUUCCGUCGCAACAGUCACGGCAGGGCGCGACAAGGCGCAAAAGUAUUCCGGUGACACUCAGCAAUCUUCACAUGAAAGGAAAAGGGCUUUAUACUUUCAAAGCAGAUGAUGAUGAUCUGCGAGAUCUCCUGAAGGGCACCGUCGCGCAUUAUUCCCAAGACAAUGCUCUAGGAGGCCUAAAGAAACGAUCCAAAUUUAGUGACCGUGAGUCUUUCCCAGGCAUCAAAUAUAUUGAAGCAAUGAGCCCCUAUGAUAUCAUCUUGGCUUGCGAAGGUGUCGUGCCCGACCUUUUCAUAAUGUCUGAAUUGGUCUUCACUAAAAAGUUUUCUGCUUUCGAUCGACACAAUAACAUCGUCGCCGAUUCACCUUUCCAUGGUUUUUUCACGCUCUUUUGGCUGGCGUUCGUCGUUUUUGUACUUCAACUCGCCGUUGCGAAUUGGCGAAGCCAUGGAAAUAUACUUGGAACCAACGAGAUGGUGGAAAUGAUGUUCCACCGGGAUGUCAUAGUUCUUGGUCUCUCGGAUGGUGUAAUGUGUGGUGUCACAGGGUUUGGACUCGUUCUGCAGAAUCUCAUACAACGGGGAUAUAUUAGCUGGAAUAGAGAAGGUUGGAUUAUUCAAAGUGCAUGGGAAGUAUCAUACCUCGCUUUGGUGAUAAGCUGGACAUUGUACCGCGAGUGGCCAUGGACACACACAGUCUUUUUUGUUCUUCAUGGAAUUGUCAUGAUUAUGAAACAGCACUCUUAUGCAUUUUAUAAUGGUCAUCUGUCUGAGGAAUAUAAGAUCCGUGCCAAACUUCAACGUAAAUUGAAACAACUGGACAACAUUUCGCCCGUCCAGAUACCUUCCGCGAAAACACCAGCCGUAGCUUCAUUGUCUACCUCGUAUCUCGAUGCCAGGCCAACCUCCGACGACAUUCGUCAUAGAGUAUUCGAGCGAAGACAUUCGAUUGUUGAAUCUACUACCGACCAAGUAGCAGAUGCAAUUGAUUCCGGUGAGCCGCUUGACGUCAAUCAAAUUCAGACAUUUGCACGAAUUCUUAAAUGGGAAAUCGAUUUCUUGGGAAAGGAACUUGAAGGAAAAUGUACGACAACCGGAAAUCAGUACCCGAACAACCUCAGUGUAACCAACCAUUAUGAAUACAUCGUUCUCCCAACUCUGGUCUAUGAGCUGGAAUACCCGCGGUCCGAUAGUAUCGACUGGUACAAUGUGGCUGAGAAAACCAUCGCGACGGCCGGUCUCUUGAUUGUCAUGAAUCUCAUCUCCCAAACCUAUAUUUACCCUAUUGUAGUUCAAACGAUAAAGAUGAAGGAAGACGGCAUGACACUUUAUGAACGGCUCUGUUAUUUCCCGGGUAUAAUUAGCGAUCUAGCUUUCCCGUUCCUUGCUGAAUACAUCUUGACGUGGUAUGUGAUUUGGGAAUGCAUUCUCAAUCUCCUCGCCGAGUUGACCUGCUACGCCGAUCGAGGCUUUUACGAGGCCUGGUGGAAUUCUGUUUCUUGGGAUCAAUUUGCACGCGAUUGGAACCGACCAGUUCACAACUUCCUCCUUCGACAUGUUUACCAUUCCUCGAUCUCUAGCCUACAGGUCAACAAAAGAAUCGCCACCUUAAUCACUUUCUUCAUGAGCGCUUGUGUACAUGAGCUCGUCAUGUGGUGUAUCUUCAAGAAGCUGCGUGGAUAUCUACUGGUCCUACAGAUGUGCCAAAUUCCACUGAUCAUGAUGAGUCAAACGAAGUGGAUGAAAGGGAAAAAGGCUUUGGGCAAUGUACUAUUCUGGAUAGGCAUUUUCACGGGACCGAGUCUUUUGUGUAGUCUUUAUUUGGUCAUUUAG